GGUUAGGUUAGGAUUGGGAGUAAGGGGGGAGCCCAUUUCCUGGCAUCCUGCAAUCGUUAGAGAGAAAAGGACAAAAAGAAGAGGACUGAGGAGAGAAUGGCAAAGGUGUUGAUGGACAAGGUGGUAUCCAAAUCCAAUUGCAUCCUCUCAAUUUCAAACACUAGAACCAUGGCAAGCUGCUCAACCUUCUGCCCUCCACUGCCCACUCGCUUCAGCACAUCUUCUCUCUCACCCAAACCUCAAUUCUUCGUCUCCUUCAAGGCUUUCUCUUCUCAAACACCCAAAGAUGAGUCUCCAAAACGUAUUGGCUUUCUGGGCCUUGGAAUCAUGGGUUCCCCAAUGGCACAAAAUCUUAUUAAAGCUGGAUGUGAUGUGACAGUUUGGAAUAGGACAAAGAGUAAAUGUGAUCCUCUCAUCUCCUUGGGUGCAAAAUAUAAGUCUUUGCCCGAGGAAGUGACAGCAUCCUGUGAUUUCACUUUUGCAAUGCUUGCUGAUCCCGAAAGUGCAGUGGAUGUUGCUUGUGGAAAACAUGGUGCUGCAAGUGGACUCAGUCCGGGAAAAGGUUAUGUCGAUGUCUCUACAGUUGACGGUUCCACUUCUAAACUCAUCAAUAAGCACAUUAAAGCUACUGGAGCUCUAUUUUUGGAGGCUCCAGUUUCAGGCUCUAAAAAGCCAGCCGAGGAUGGGCAGCUGAUAUUUCUUACUGCAGGUGACAGAUCGCUGUAUGAUAUGGUUGCAUCAGAGUUAGAUGUGAUGGGGAAGUCUAGAUUUUACCUCGGUGAAGUUGGUAAUGGAGCAGCAAUGAAAUUGGUUGUAAAUAUGAUCAUGGGAAGUAUGAUGGCAUCCUUUUCCGAAGGAUUGAUUCUCAGCGAGAAAGUAGGACUAGAUCCCAGCGUACUAGUCGAGGUUAUCUCACAAGGCGCCAUCAAUGCACCGAUGUACUCAAUGAAAGGUCCUUCAAUGGUGAAAUCGCUCUACCCUACUGCUUUUCCACUAAAGCACCAGCAAAAGGAUCUCCGGCUAGCUCUCGGGUUGGCUGAGUCGGUUUCCCAACCUACUCCCAUUGCAGCCGCUGCAAAUGAGCUUUACAAGGUAGCGAAAUCACACGGUCUGAGCGAUCAGGACUUCUCUGCAGUAAUCGAAGCCCUGAAAGUAAAACUACAAGAGAAAACAGAAAACUAGAAUCAGAGCUCUCUCUUUCAACUUCUUUUGAUCCUGUUACUAGCUUGAUUGCUGUAUAUCUGUACAAUGCACAAAAGAAUACUUGAUCUUGAGCCUACUGAGAGCUUAUAACCUUAUAAUUAACUCAUUCAUGGAGGUUGUACAAUAAAGUCUUCUGCUAUAUUCUUGAUUCAAUGAUUCCCCCCUGCAAA